GAAUUGUUUUCAUCUGUUUGCAGAGACCUUGCAAUCAGUCUGAGAAUAAAGCUAGGGGAUUGGUUCCGGGUACUCCAGCUACUGAAAACAGGCUCUGGUGAUGCUGAUGAUACCCUUCUUGAACAAGCGUACAAUGCCAUUGGGGACUACUUUGCUGAUAGACAAAAGUGGGUGAAUGCUGUUCAGUAUUACCUGCAAGGCCGAAACCAGGAACGCCUGGCUGAAUGUUACUAUAUGCUUGAGGAUUAUGAUGGAUUGGAAAGACUUGCAAAUUCCCUUCCAGAAAAUCACAAAUUGCUCCCUGAUAUUGGCCACAUGUUUGUGACUGUAGGCAUGUGUGAACAGGCAGUGAGUGCAUAUCUGAAAUGCAACAAACCUAAAGCUGCUGUUGAUGCCUGUGUGCAUCUUAAUCAGUGGAAUAAAGGUGUUGAGCUGGCGAAGAACCACAACAUGAAAGAGAUUGGAUCCCUUUUAUCAAAAUAUGCAUCCCAUCUAUUAGAGAAGAAUAAAACCCUGGAUGCUAUUGAGCUGUACAGAAAAGCCCAUUAUUUCCUCGAUGCAGCCAAACUGAUGUUCAAGAUUGCUGAUGAAGAAGCAAAAAAGAGAAAUAAGCCACUGCGUGUUAAGAAACUGUAUGUGCUGGCAGCAUUACUUGUGGAAAAUUAUCACAAACAGAUUAAAACUACUCAACAGGAAAAGGGUAAAGGGAAAAUAUCUGAGGCGACAUCAGCGCUAGCAGGUUUGCUGGAGGAAGAUGCCACCUCAUCAGAUAAUCGAAUUAUUGACACCGCUUGGCGUGGAGCUGAAGCUUAUCACUUUUUCCUGCUUGCUCAAAGGCAGCUUUAUGAAGGUUAUGCUGAUGCAGCCAUGAGAACAGCCCUUCACCUGCGUGAUUAUGAAGACAUCAUUCCGGCAGUGGAGAUCUACUCCCUCCUGGCUGUUUGUGCCUGUGCCAACCGAGCGUUCGGGACCUGCUCCAAGGCUUUCAUCAAAUUGGAAUCCAUGGACACCCUAUCUGCUGAGCAAAGGCAGCAAUAUGAGGACCUGGCUUUGGAGAUCUUUAUAAAACACAGCCCUAAAGAUAACAGGAAAUUUGAACUGGACAGCCUUCAAGAAGUGGAAGAAGGGAAGCAGACAACCUGCAUUGUAACAGGGCGGAUCAUUUCAGAAUACCACUUCUGGAUCUGCAAUGUCUGCAAACACUGUGCCCUGGAACAAGAGAUAAGCAAUCGGAAUUUCUGCCCACUUUGCCACAGCAGUGUAGAAUAGGCUGUACAACUAAACGUGAAAGAGAGUUUUCAAGCUUAUUGAUAUUUGUUUUCUUGUGUCUAGAUAUAUUUUUGUUAACUGUAAAACAAUUUUUGUAUUUAAGUAGAUUCAUUUUUUACUUGUAUAAUGUAUUCUCCAUUGCUUUGUGUUAAUGUAAUUCCAAAACAUACAUACAUAAAUAAGAGAAACUUCAAUAA